UAGACAUUCAGUAACGUGUAAGUUGCAUGCAAGUUCAUGGUGGUGGUCUAACUAGCUCAUAUAAGUGCAGUGAAAGUGUCUUUCAUCCGGAACAUUCAGGACCGCAGCUGUGCCGCAUUAGCGAUUCUCCUUGAUGUCAAAAGUCAUUAAAGUUUUAUCGUAAAUACUGUAAAAAAAUUCACAUGCAGGGCAGUGUUAUUAAGUACAAGUCGUAAUAAGCUGUGCUAUAAAAAAAACAAAGAAAUGAGCGGCACAGUUAAAAGUUUCUGAUAACAUGUUUUGUGCAUUAUUAAAAUCUCUUCUUUAAAAAAUCAUUAUGGAAAUGUACGAGUGAAACGUGAAAUGUAACCCGCUAUAAAAUCGGACACAUUGUACUACUAUGAAAACCAACAGUAACGACAAACUCUGAGCUAGCUAAUUUGCCAGCUGCGCAGCUAUGCAGCUAAGAUCAACAUCCUAAAUCCACCCAAAAAAAAACCUGAAUGCGAGUGGCUCUAUUGGUGUAAUCUGGUGAACCAUAGAAUGCCGGAUUAAAGAUCUUACACUGUAUUACCAUCACCAAGAGCAGGUGACAUUUCAGACUUAACCUAUUAUUGGUUGUAAUCUUAAGAAAAAAUAAAUUUGAGAGUAUGUAGGAAAUAAACCUACACUUCUAAAUACGUAUUUCACAAUUCAUGAAUAUACAUGUAUGAAAGAGAAUUACUUUUUUUUUUGUAUGUGGAAGUUGCUCAGUCAAAAAUGGCGGCUGUUGAAAGGAACCUCCCCACAGAGUCGAAGCUCCUUCAUGCCCCACCUUUGGAAGAAGUUGCCAGUUUGCUCAACGAGCAGAUGAAGAGCAACUACUCGUGGGUGGACGUGCAGGUGGUCACAUGCCCCGACCUCACCAAGGAGCCCUUCACGUUGGCGUGCAAAGGCUUGGGCGGCCAGCCCCGACUGGUCGAGCUGGGAGGCGUGCCGUACCUGAUGCCCUGGUGCCGGCGGGAGAAGCUGUACGACAUCAGAGACGUGGCCAAGCGGCUGGAAGUGGAACCGGCCUUCAUUGUCGGCCCUAGCAUGGGUCCGUGGACGUUCAGGGACACCGGUGCCGAGAUGGCAGUGUGUGCAGAGGUAAAGAAUGGGAAGCUGAACAAUUACAGUCGAAUAACAUGGCUGGAUAAAGGAAAGAUUGUGGUGGAGCGAGUUCCAGAUAAUGAACCACACUGUGGUCUGAUCGGCAACUGGUUCUGCUCACAAGGCUUGACUGACAAGGUCCUCCAAAUAAGAUGCAAAAAGCGUACUGGAUCUGCAGACUUCAUUUCUUGCAUCAGGCAAAUUCUGCAAGACCGUUACAAAGGAAAAUCAGUUGGCCUUGGAGGCGUAUUCGUGCUGAAGGAAGGAAAGGCACAGCUGCACGUAGCGCCUCAGUACUCUAAAACACCCCUGCACUCUGAUCAAGACCUCAUCGACUGGUUGAAGUUUUUCGACAUGUCACCGCCCCUCGUAGCUGUUGGAACUUUGGUGUCUGAAGAUUUGGGGCUGGACCUGCGGUUGAGCCACUUCCACAGCUUCAGCGAUCACGGCGAGGGAGGCCACUUCCACAUCGACACGGAGCCCGAGAAGGCAGAGUACCUGGCCUACUUCUCGGUGGCCCAGUCCAUCCACCGCAUUGACCGGCCCGCAGAGACUCACCAGGCUGGCAGGAUCUAGCCCUGGCAUCAGGGGACGUUUAGAGUUAUACGGUGGAUGUCGAACACGCACGCAGGGUCGCACCUGGCCCAGGAUGCGCCCGGCACGCCCCCUGAUGAGCUCCAGGCCGUCGGGAUUCCUCUUGUGGGGCAUGAGGCUGCUGCCGGUGGAGUGGCAGUCGGCCAGCCGCACGAAGCCGAACUCCUGGCUGCCGAACAGCACCAGGUCCUCGGCGAGGCGGCUCAGGUGCACCGCGCACAGGCAGGCCCACCACAGGAACUCCGCUGCCGGGCAACACACCCCAUAGUUACACAUUCCCACCCUUUUUUUAUAUAUAAAGCUUGACUUCGCCCAUUAUGAUUUGUAGAAUUUUAUGUUUUUCCGCUGAAUGCAAGUUAUUACGAAGAAAAAGUUUAAAAAUACGAACAUGUAAGCACUUCGGUAUUUGUUACCCAGCUGUGUACAUCCAGAAAAUGAACUUAACGACACAAUUAGUCAGGCAAACAUUCAUGAACUGACCAAUGACGGCCACACGCUACAAGUUAAUUUUCUGGGUUUUGCACAGCUGGGUGACACGUGCAAAAAUACUUCCAUAACCACUUUUUUUUAGCAAAAUUUCUCCUUUAAAAUGUGCAAUUAGCAAAACAACUAAAAAUUAAAAUGGGCUUUAUGUCUUGUCAACAAGGUCAUCAGAGAUGGUGACACUCAUCGACUCAAUUCAAAGAUAAUGGGGGAGAAAUCAGCCAAGGCCUGCAGUAAGAAACCAUCAAAGCAAACGCUUGGAGUGAUUUAAGGAAACCGUGAAACACCAGAGGCAAGAUGGUUGGACCAGGACUCAAACCUGUGAUCUGCGGAAUGCAAGUACAGUGUCCUAUAUCAUUAUACCACCAGGCUCUGUAGUUCCAGUUGAACUGAAAAUUUUGGAAUGUAAUCCCGAUAGUCAUUCUGUCAAUAACAGCACAUAAUCAGCUCAAACAAAGCCUAUCUUAUGCCUGUCCCAACUAACAACCUAUUGUAGCGCCUUCUCAGAGGGAAAAAAAACCUCUCUGCAAAAAUUCAACAAUGUUAAAAUUACCUGAAAGACUCUACAGUUAGGGCUCUAACACCAACCUCAUUCUCCCUCUAUACAGAUAAAAUUUCCAUGCCAUUAUGGCCGUCCAGGAUUGUGAGGCAAUCACAGGAAUGAUGCUACAUUGAGACAUAUCUUGCAUAUGGAUUUUCAUCAUUACUCAGUGUUGAUAAUUACAAUGUAAAAAUCAACUACAUAAUAAAUGAAGUUUAAACACUUAUCGCUGAUCAAUUAAAAUGAUUAUUUUCAGUUUCUCUCAUUGGCAUGAGCAGCCAAUAAGCACAACAAAAAAAUUGUUCUCUAGACUUGCACGCACAGGGUUGGGAACAACAAAGAAUAAACUGCCAAGAAAUACUUGGUUACCAGCUGAAGUUGCAUGGCUAAGUGAAUGUAUGGGUUUCAGCUAGUGCUUUCAAAAUUUAAUUUUUACAACCUGAUUUUUUUUCAUAUUUUCCAAGCAAUAAUACCUUGACGUGUGUCACGUACGCAACUACUGACAGACACCAAUUCCCUCGUCUCCCCGCUAUCUCUCUCUUCACAGCUGCGGCACAAGCCGCCCAUCUUUAUUAGCGCCCUGGGUGUGGGCAGUUGCAUGGUUGCCAUCCCAAUACACACCCAGCUCAGUGCUGCUGUGUGACCUUGAACCACCGAAACUUGCCUGAAGAGGGAGGCAAGCACCUCUUCCCCUCCCUUCACAACCUACUCAACAUGUGCCGCCAAUCAGCACUAAUCUUGCUUCCUAUUGGUUACCUCCUCUCGGCCAGAUAUGUGAUAAAAGAGAGCACAGAAGCUGUGAUUUUGAGUCGCUGCCUAACUGCCAACUUGCCUUAUCGUCUUGAUACUCAGUGCCUCGGCUCUUUUAUCCUCUAACCAUCGGAACUGCCUGCACUGCUACAAGAGCCUGCCUGCCACCACCUGCUUAUCGCUGAUUAUAACUAUUUACGUGCCUUCUGUUUCUGGACGUGUCAUGCCUGGCAUUGAAAAAUAAUUGCUGCCGACCAUCUGUUUCCGGACUAGUCAACCCAUCUGUUACGGAUGCCUCUGCGGCAUUGUGUGGCCGGCACGGCAGGAAGUCUUCGAGAUCAUCACAGGCAGUCCCCUCCCCCCCCCCCCCCUGCGGGUCAGAUACGUACCCUUUAACAGUCGUCACUGUAGGGACAGCUGUCAGUGUUUAUCAAAGGUGCCAGAUUUGGGUAAAAUAAACUGCAUUGUACCAGAAAUUGUCUCUAUGAAUCAUUUACUGACUGGACGUGCCUAGCAAGGCAGUUUACUCUUUGUUGUUCUCUACCCUGUGUGUGCAAGACUCGGUAGUGCCUCCUGCAACUGGCUGCCUUGUGGCAAGGUUGCCACCGAGACCCCAAUGAGCGUCUCAACCCCUCGUCGCCCCCUUACCGAGAAAGGGAGCUCCAGAGUAGAGGGACCAGCAUCGGGGAAGGCAACUCCUCUCAAUCUUAAUGUUGAUUCAUAUUUUACUUUAAGGGUGUGGAUUGUACACUGAUACUAAGUUUUUAGACUAAAAAAAUUGGCAAAAGGGUACAAACACAAUAAAGUAUCUUUCAACAGUAUAUGAUUUUAUGUCUAGUAACUUAUAUUCUUGUUUACAUAUUUGUGUCUUAAUCAACACCAUGAACCCCUCUAUUUAACAAAAAUAUUUAUCCUUGUUGUAUCUUGUCCUGCAGUGAAUGUCCUGACGUAGUCCCUGCAAGUUUGUGGGUGGUGCCUGCCUACUUGCAGUGGCUACAUUGUUGUUUUUUGUUUUUUUGUUUAAUUGUUUAUGUAUUGUAAUUUUUUAUCUGUUUUUUUUGUCGUGCCCACCUUAAAAGUUUACUACCUGUUAGUGGGCAUGUUACAAUGCUUAACAAAUAAUAAAAAAUGAAUGCUGGUAACUCUGUACACGCAA